UGGUGCUCUCGUCCUCACUUUCUCGGCGCUCGGUGGUGACAUUGAGCUCGCCCGCGCCACCGCCGGCCUUGGGGCACUGUGCUGGUCGGCGGAGUAGGGGGCCAUGGGGAGCCUCCGCGGCCUGCGCCUGGUGGCUGGAAGUUUUAGGUCAUAUGAAAGAGAUGCUUUCUCAUCUUUAAGGCUUACCAGAAACUCUGAUUUGAAGAGAACAAAUGGAUUUUGCAGCAAACCCCAGGAAAGUCCAAAGCCUCCAACCCACACUUACAGCCACAGAGUGCCAUUGCAUAAGCCUACGGACUGGGAGAAGAAGAUUCUAAUAUGGUCAGGUCGCUUCAAAAAGGAAGAUGAAAUUCCAGAGACUGUCUCGUUUGAGAUGCUCGAUGCUGCAAAGAACAAGGUCCGGGUGAAGAUCAGCUAUGUAAUGAUUGCCUUGACAGUGGCAGGAUGCGUACUGAUGAUUAUUGAGGGCAAGAAGGCUGCCAGAAGAAAUGAGACUUUAACAAGCUUGAACCUAGAAAAGAAAGCUCGUCUGAGAGAAGAAGCUGCUAUGAAGGCCAAAACAGAGUAGCAGAUAUGUCGGUGUUGGUUGGAUUUUGAAGAUCUAGAAAUAAUGCUGCAGCAGUAGGCCUUACUAAAAAGAAUGUGGUAUAUGAGCUGCCCUAUUUCCACUCUAGAGCUAAAAAUAAAUUUUCUUAAACAAAUGA